ACAACUGCUGUCAGAGCUUCUGUGAGUGUGCAGAGGGAGGGUGUGUGGUCAAGCAAGCCUGAAUUGUGUGGUGUUUUCACAAGUUUCAGAAACUAUUCGAUUCAUUCAAGAAGUGAGCAGAUGAAAACAUCAGUCAGCAUACGGAUUCUCUCCCUCUUGUCCUUGGCAGUGGAUUACAGAUUUUGAUACUAAAGUUUACCAGUGGAUGAGGCCUCACCUGUUGGAUUUGAGUUGGAUGACAACAGUGGACUGUGAGGAGUGGAGACGAUCAUGGUUCCUCAACUGUGAGACAGGAACAGUCAGGACAGGCCAGGCUACAGUCAUCAAUGUCCAUCCAGGAGUGCCUAGAUGGCCCAAUGCUUGAGGAUGAGGAGGGUGAGGAAGGCAGAGGGGUGGAGAGAGAGUCAGACAUAGACAAUGCAGUAGACAGCGCUCCGUCAUCGGUGAUAUCAGAUGGAGGGAGAACUAGAGAAAAAGCGGAAGGGAUUGGGCUUUGCCUCCCAGGAGAAAAGUUUAGUCAGAUGUGUAAUCUCUCCGAGACUUCUGAUCAGUCUACACAUUCAUCUGCCUCAAUAAAUGAGGAGCAGUUUGAGGACUAUGGAGAAGGAGAGGAUGGAGAAUACACUCCUAGCAACCCCUGUCCAGACGAUGAGAUCCGCAUUAAUGGAUGCUCAGAUCUGGGCUCCUCUGUUUCCUCUAGUGCUGGUCAGACUCCUCGGAAGAUGCGCCGCGCUGGUGACCAGAUGGAUGUGUUCUGCUCUCAGUGCUGUAAGAGGGUCAGUCUGCUCAAUGACCUGGAGAAUAGGCUGAAAAACCUCAAAACCAACAGCCCGAACAGAAAGAUCUCCAGCACUGCAUUUGGAAGGCAGCUGUUCCACAACAGUAACCUCAGCAGUAGUCACGGCAGCACAGAGGAUUUGUUCAAUGACAGCAUUGACUCCUGUGAACUAGACAUUAGUGAGAAGGUGAGUUACUUGGACAAGAAAGUGACAGAGCUGGAAAAUGAGAUUCUGAUGAACGGGGAUGUGAAGUCCAAGCUGAAACAGGAAAACAUACAGUUGGUCCACAGGAUUCACGAAUUGGAGGAGCAGCUAAAAGACCAGGAGACCAGAGCAGAAAACAUGAUGGAGGAGGAGCUCAGGAGACACAAAGAGGCCUACAGUCGACUGGAGAAAGACAAAAACACACAGAUAGAGCUGCUUACAAAUCGACUACAUCAUCUAGAGGAGGAAAAUGGAGAGAUGGCAAUGAAUAUGAUCAGACUAAAAUCCCAGACAGAUAAACUGGAUGAGGAGAGGCAGCGGAUGACAGAUAAGCUGGAGGAUACAAGCCUGCGGUUGAAGGAUGAGAUGGAUCUGUACAAGAAGAUGAUGGACAAGCUACGACUGAAUAGAAAUGAGUUUAAGAAGGAAAGAGAUACCAUGCAGGAGCUGAUUGAAGAUCUUAGGCGAGAGCUGGAGCACCUCCAAGUAUACAAGCUGGAGGCAGAACGAAUGGGGCGUGUUCGCAGAUCUUCCAUUAGCCUAUCAGAAUACAGCACUCGAACACGUGAGAGUGAGUUGGAACAGGAGGUCAAGAGACUAAAACAGAGAAGUGUUUCCAAGGACAUGCCCUUUGACCUCCAGCAGCUUGUGUCUGCUCGGGCACGACUCUUUCCGAGUCUGAUGGAGAACCAAAAACUGAGAGAACAGAAUGAAGAUCUAAAUGGUCAGCUUCUCAGUCUGAGCCUCCAUGAGGCCAAAAACCUGUUUGCCACUCAGACAAAAGCGCAGUCUUUGGCCAUGGAGAUUGAUCAUGCCUCCCGUGACCAGUUGAUGGAAGCCCUUAAAGAACAAGAGGAGAUCAACUUCCGCCUCAGACAAUACAUGGACAAGAUAAUUUUAUCCAUUCUGGACCACAACCCAUCUAUUCUGGAAAUCAAAACCUAAAAGCCUGUCAUAAGUGGUUUAGAAACUUAACAGAGGACCUAGAGCUCCCCCUGAGGUCACACUGAACCUCAAAUGAUGUGUGCCUCUGAAUGCACAGUAACUACAACGUGCUGGUGUUUUGUGCACCUAUCUCAUGUUAAAAUCUAAAAUAUACUGGUGAAAUAUUCAUGCACAUUUAAAGGGCAUUUGUUCUGCUCAGUACGACACAAGGGAGUUUUCACUGGAUUGGGUACUGAUUUGCACCAACUAAUGUGAAUAUUUUAGCUCUGGGUGUUCACGCAGUGUAUUGUGUUAUAUGGAUGAUUGAUGCUUGCUGAGUUUGCACUGGAAUGUGAUGAGAAAGGGUUAUUGAUGAAAAAGAAAAAUAUCUGAUGGCCAUCAGAGCUUGUCCAUUCAGAGUUGCGAUAUAUGAUGAGAGGAAAGAGAUUUUUGUAGGUGCAUAUGUAAGGAUUUUGUUGUAUGGCGUGUGAAGGAAAGGUAAGGAGAGACAAAUGAGAAGAAUAAAGGAGAGGUAAUUGGAGCUGGAACUGGAACUUGAUAACACUGCCUGUUGUAAAAGAGAUCCAUUUUGGAUGAGGGGAAUGCUCUAGUCUGUGUUUGCAAUGUAAGUUUGAGAUGUUUAUUCUGACAUUAAUUUUUAUGUGCUUCAAAAAAACUGUCAAUGUGAAUGAAUGUACCAAACAAGUAGUAUUUCAGGUUAUUUACAGGCUUUAGCAUAAUAGUUUAAGACCUGUCUGUUCAUCAGCUGAAUUAUGUUCUUAAUGGCCUUAAAAGGAACUUGCACUUGUUCUUCCAAACUAAAAUAUUUAAUCAUUUUGGAUGCACCUGAAAAUGCAUCAUGAUGCAUCAUCUCAUAAUUUUCUAAUUGUUGAUCUAGGCCUAUAUUUUUGGGUAUAUUAUGCAAUCCAAAUGUUAUUGUACACAUUUUCUCAUCAUGUCUCCCGUUUCACUCACUAGUAGACCUAUUUUUUUGUUCUGUAACACAUUAAAUAAUUACCAAGCUACAUUUCACAUUAUACUUGCUGGGUGGGGGAUUUUAUCAACUUGUAAAUUAUGGAGAGAAAAAAAAACAACCUUUGUUACUCUCUGUGCCACUCAUUGCUUUAACAUUAUCUCUAACAUUGUUUUGUCUUAAGGCAUAGAAACCUUGACUACUAUUUGAUUAUUUCUCAUUCUCUUUAUAUUUAUAAACGAGGUGCUGGAAAAAAAAGGCAGUAUUAGGUUCGCUUUAUGAGACGACAGACUGGGUAAAUGACUCAUGAUGUCACAACAUGCUGAAUGGAAACACACACUUUAAUCCAGGAAGGGUUAUAGGUUCACUUGCACAAAAUGUAUACUCAGUUGAAUAAUAGACUGGUCGGAAAUGCCUUAACGAUACUUAUGACUGUAAUGAGCUUAUUUCUGUUUCAGAUGUCUAUUAGUCUCUAUGAUCAAGAUGUGCAAACAGGCUAUUUUGUUUUACAUGCCAGGGGUUAUUGAAUUGUAACGAGAAAUUAACAGACUGAUAUUUUAAAAUAAAACAAUAUAGAAUUCCA